AAAUGCGUUAAGUUAAUUAAGAAAUAAGUGAAUAAGAAAUUUAUUUGAAACAAGACAAUAAUAAAAUUCGAAAAUGGUGUUUUUAAAAUUAAAUAAAAAAGUUGAAAUAUACAUCUAUGAUUAAUAUUGACAUUGAUUUGAUUCCACAACAUGUUGAAUUGGCUGUGCAAAUUAUUUCAGUGCGGCUCCGGUUCAUUGUCAUCCAUUUGUGGGCCAAAGGUGAAAAUGUCGCUGCAAUACUACUAUGAUUUACUGUCGCAGCCUUCGCGUGCGCUCUAUAUCAUACUAAAAAUGAGCCAUGUGCAAUAUGAAGAUUGUCCGGUUGCGCUGCGUAAAGGUGAACACUUGACUGAAGAGUUUAAGCAAAAUAUCAAUCGUUUCCAGCGCGUGCCCUGCAUUAUCGACGAUGGCUUCAAAUUGGCUGAGAGUAUUGCAAUACUCAGAUAUCUCAGUGCAAAGGGCAAGAUACCCGAAUAUCUAUAUCCCAAAUAUUUCGUGGAACAGGCGCGUGUCGACGAGUUUCUCGAAUGGCAACACAUCACCUUGCGUGUGACCUGCUCACUGUACUUUCGUACAAUUUGGUUGGAACCACUGAUCAGCGGUGUACGUCCAUCAAAUCAGAAAAUUGAUCACCUUAAGAAUCAUAUGGAGGGCAAUUUGGAUAUUAUCGAAAAUGUGUGGUUGCAAAAAACCGACUUUCUAACCGGACAGCGUUUGACGGUGGCGGAUAUUUUUGCAGCGUGUGAAAUCGAACAGAUACGUUUGGCUGACUACGAUGUGCGUAUAAAAUAUCCGAAAAUUAAGGCUUGGUUAAAACGCGUGCGCGCCGGUUGCAAUCCACACUAUGAUCAUGCGCACCAGCAUGUGUAUAGAAUCAGUGGCACUACACCACAUGCGAAGCUAUAAAGAAGGAAAGCGUUGUUGUUUUUGUGAUAUUUUUUUAACGAAAAUAAAAUGUAAAAAAAUUAUUAAAUAAAAAUAAUAAUUAAAUGAAAAUAUA